CCCUUCUGCGCCUGGUACUCAUAAUUUUCGUAUUGGGUCUUCUGAAAAUUUUACACAACAUCAACCAGACUCUCUUCGGGUUGCCUUUUUGGAAUAUCAAAUUGCUGAAUUAAAAUUACAGCUUUCUUUCUUUAUUCAGGAAAAUCAUAGUCAUCGCUCUCAAGUCGUCGCAUUACAAUUUCAAAUUGCUAAAUUGCAGCUUCAAGUUACCGAAUUACAAUUUCAAGUGGAGGUUCAACAAGUCGCUAUGUCAAUUUCAAAUGAAGAGUUUAUGAAUCAAAUUUCUGCAAAUGAUCAGUCGCCUUAA